AUGACUAUCGGUGCCGUCAACGCUUUGGUCGACUUUUGCAAGUGGGCUGCUGCCAAGCGGCCAGACGGCUCCAACCGUCAGUACGAGUAUGGAGAUUGCCACAACACAAGAUGCCAUUGGUCCAUGGACUACAGCAAGGAUAAGUGCCACUGCUUCGACCCUGUUGAGGAGGUCCCGAAGGAUAUCGCUGAGAAGGAUGCUGGUGAGGAUGCAGAGAAGUAG